UUACGCGAGCGCAAGUUGCGUGAAAAGUCUUGUGUUUUUAAUAAUUAUUAAAAGGAAUUGUUUAAUAUGUUAACUUUGCGCAGCACACAGCGACUUUGCUUACGAGCAUUACUACCGGCCUGUUACAGAAACGUGGAUCAAGUUAAGUUCUUCAGCUCUUCUCAGUCCAAAGACGAUGAUGGUAGCUCCUCUUCCGAUGAUGAAAAACCAAAGAAGCGCACAAAAUCUGCAGAAGCAAACACAGAGACAGCGGCACAACGCUUGAACCGUCUACUGGGUAGUAUGCAGACACAAGCCAACGAUCAACUCUCGUCGGCGGAACUUCCACGACCUGGCGAUGCUAAUCGUCGGCGUAGAGAAGCUCUUAAGCAGGAGACGGCCAAUAACAAUGUUAUUACCGCUGCUAAGAAUAUUGCCAGCAUGUUGUCCACCGGCGAAAGCGAUAGAAAACAAACUGAAUCCGAGUUACUCGCUAAGUUGCUGGGACACAGUCCAGAAGGCACAGCUGCAUUAGACCAGGCUUCAGUGGACAAUGCAGCAGCUGCUGGAAGUGCAGACAAGGAACUCAACUUGAGUGAUUUAAUCGUGGGCAUGAAGAUCGAUCGUCGUCAGCAGCCGGAGUCAACGGAAUACUCCCGCGGCGAGUUUGUGCGUCGUACAUUGGCUUCCCGUGCUAAAUCUAAGCCAGGAGAACGCUCUACCCAGCGUCCUCAACGACAAAUUAAACGCGAGCCUGAACAAUUUACGGGCAGCGUCAAUUUGUAUGGUGGGGAGCCUUUGGGUAUCUUUACCAAAUCAGCUACUAAGCUAGUGGAGUCGCCGGACAUGUUAAAAACUUGGUCUACGCUAAAUCAACGUGAAUUACAAUUGCAUGCGGCGCAUCCGCCCGCUAAUUACUUUGAGCAAAUGGUACAAUGGACAUCUCAAGGCAAAGUCUGGCGUUUUCCCAUUGAUAAUGAGCAGGAUAUGGCAGAGGAGGCAAACGUAGACUUUUCAGAGCACAUCUUUUUGGAGCAGCAUUUAGAAGGUUGGUGUCCCAGCAGGGGACCCAUACGUCAUUUCAUGGAGCUGGUGUGCGUGGGUCUCUCAAAGAACCCAUAUGUCACAGCUCAAGAGAAGAAGGACCACAUACUGUGGUUCCGCGACUACUUUGACGACAAGAAGCACAUACUCAAAGAGCUGAUGACAAAAGAGAAUGUAAAGAGUGUGUCAGCCUAAUUAAAAUGAUUUGCAAUAAUAAA